AGCUUCUUUAUUACCAGCCCGAAGUAAUAAGAACAGUCGCAAUAAGACCAUGGCUGAGGCUGAGAAGACCAUCCAGAGUCAAGGGUCAGAAAUCGCCAGUCUGAAGAAGCGUCUUCAUGAUCUCAAGGAGACCAAACUUCUCCAAGUCGAGACAGACUGUAAAAAAGAGUACAAGAUUCUCAUGGGGGAACACAAUAAUCUGAUUAUUGCCCUCCAUGCUGAGCAGGCCAAGACAAAGCAGAUGGAGCAGGAUAAGUUGUGGGAACAGAAUAAAACGCUAGAAGAGAUGUUCCCACACGAGGCCAUGAAGUUCCAAGAAGGCGCCAAAAAGUUCCAAGAAGACGCCAAAAUGUUUCAGGAGCUGGCCAAUGAGACCAAGAAGUUGCAGGAGGAUGAUAAGAUGAUCCUCCAGCAGAGAAAUACGAUUUCUAGACUAGAUGCCCUGGAGCAUGAAAAACUAAUUCUGGAAGAGCGUAACAAGGUCCUGCUGGAGGAAAAGCUUGAUUUGCAGCAUUCUAAUCUGGUCCUGGCCCAGGAAAAGACGGUUCUGGAGGAGCGUAAUACGCACCUGGGCUACCAAAAGAUUCUCCUGGAGGAGGAUAAGAGGCUUCGGAUGUUGGAUCAGAAGCUCCUGGAGAACAUUUGCCUCCGGCUGAAGAAAAAACUCCUAGGAUUCUUUGGGAGGCCGAUGGAAGACAGGGCCACGGAGCUGGCAAAGAUGAGGAGGAAGAUGGUGGCGAUGGAGACGGAGAUGGGCUUGAGGAGGUAGAUAGUGGAGGGACGGAGAGGUGGAUUUUUCCACCUGUUCGUCAGGAGGUAGAUGACCUUCACUAGGUCGUUGGUUUUUCUCCCGGUGCUCGGGUUUUGGAAAAAAAAUGGUGGAGGGACGGAGAGGUGGAUCCAUCCACCUGUUCGUCAGGAGGUAGGUGACCUUAUCUAGGUCGUUGGUUUUUCUCCCGGUGCUCGGGUUUUGGGAUAAAAUGGUGGAGGGACGGAGAGGUGGAUCUUUCCACCUGUUCGUCAGGAGGUAGGCAACCUUCUCUUCCUCGGUGGCUUUUCUCCCGGUGCUCGGGUUUUAGAUAAAAAAAUCACGUCACGGCAAGUUACUGAAUAGUCCAGCAGAAAUAUACUUCCUCCGCAAGCUCAAGCAAGUGAAAGCUCCCACACCAAUCCUGAACACAUUCUACCGGGGCACCAUUGAAAGCAUCCUGUCCAGCUGCAUCACUGUGUGGGGCAGUAGCUGUACUGAACACAGCAUGAAAGCACUGGCACUCCCACUCCCUUCCCUGAAAGACAUAUACACCACCCGCCUCAUCCGGAAAGCUACCUCGAUUGCGAGUGACACUACCCACCUCGCACACAGUCUGUUCAGCCUCCUACCCUCUGGAAGAAGGUAUAGGAGCCUCCGCUGCCGUACCACCAGACUCAGAGACUGCUUCAUACACCAAGCUGUCAGACAGCUAAAUUCUCUCCCCUCACUCCCCCCAGCCAUAUCCGUCAGUCUGACACGGGGCUAAAAUCCCCCCCACACCCCCUUAAAUCACUCGGGACUCUGCAAACAAUACGACCUGCCUAGUGGGCCACUUUUGGUAAGCAGAACUGGCGCUGCGGGAUGAACCGAACGCCGGGUUAAGGCGCCCGAUGCCGACGCUCAUCAGACCCAGCAAAGGUGUUGGUCGAUAUAGACAGCAGGACGGUGGCCAUGGAAGUCGGAAUCCGCUAAGGAGUGUGUAACAACUCACCUGCCGAAUCAACUAGCCCAGGCUAGGCGCUAGUCGGUUGGGUGUGCUUUCACUCGAAGCAUGCUAAACUCCCUAGCGGGGGGAUCCACCUGAUUCCUUACGCGACGGAGGGGAGUGACCCUUCACUCUGACCCGAAGGCCACCUAUUGUGGUGUUGUGAGCUAACAGGGGGGUCAAAAUUAGAUGUUUGUAGCUGAAACCUGCCUGCGUUUGGAGGGCUUUGCAGCAGGGUGAGCCUCUCACAACGAGGUUACAAGAGUCUGUGGAGCCUGAGUGGAAAGGGCCUCUGUGACCGAGUGGGGCAUUGCAGUAUAGCUCCGUGCGCCAGCAUAACCAAUACUGGUAAGAACUUGAGACCAGUCACUUGGCAUUGCCACCUCUUGGUGCACUCUCGGUUCGGGACAUGACUGACGUGAGUAACGUAAGCAAUUACUUAGACGAGGAAAGGGGCGGCGGGUUCCCUCGUCGCGGCUUCUCGGGGGCAUGAGCCCCGUUAAUAGUCGUCGUCUCAACUCAUGCAACAGGGUGAGUCAUGUCUUGGAAUAUGCUAGUUGGUUCUGGAAAGCCACCCGGGCGAGUUCGCAGAUGCAGAAGUGUGCCCCAUUGCGGGGCAGCGGGGAGUCUAUUCCUAGCGACGCGCUUUGUAGAAGCUGAGCAGCCCGGGCAGGACACGUUUUCGCCGCGUGGGAUUCUAGGUAAGUAUCCAUGGUAAGUGACUUUGGCCGAUCACCGCACUUCGGAGUUAUGAUCUCGGGGGGGGCCGUUCAUUCCUCUCUUAAAAGUAGCCAAAUGCCUCGUCAACUAAUUAGUGACGCGCAUGAAUGGAUGAACGAGAUUCCCACUGUCCCUACCUAUUAUCUAGCGAAACCACAGCCAAGGGAACGGGCUUGGCAGAAUCAGCGGGGAAAGAAGACCUUGUUGAGCCACAUAUAUGCAGCAUAUUGCCCCACAUGCAUACAAAUGUUGAAAAGAUGUUUUUCUUCUCUAACAAGACUGCGGCAACAACUAAAAACUCAGCGAAACCACAGGUGAAUAACAUUAUGUAGUAAGGAUGAGUAUAAACUGUAUGCUUUGUAGGAUCCAAUUAUGGCACUUUUCCACUGCAUAGUACAGCAUGGUACGGCUCGCUUUAAAUGGUACCUGGUCUGUUGAUGUUCUAAGCGUACCGUACCGGUACUUUAAACGUGACAUGAACAUACUGAAGUGGUACUUCUGCAGUGGAAAAGCAACUGAGUUAAAGCGAACCGAGCUGUGCCGUACUAAGACGAGUCGUACCACGCAGUGGAAAAGCAAAGCGAGCCGAGCCGAGGCGUUACAUGCAGUGGAAUAAAUCAUGUUUGUGUGCGGGCAUACCAUCGCUUUUUUACUUGCCAUUUUUGUAUUUCCUUGCACCUCAAGAAAACGUGAUGUGUGUGUAUAUAUAAAAAAAACUCUUGCUUACUCCACCUUCAUUUUACCCGCCUUUCAUAAUAAUUUUGAAAUAUUACUUUAAGGUGGGAUGCCAACCAGAGGGGACGGGGAGCAGCUGGUUGCCCUGGACAAAAUAAAAAAGGCAGCCAUUAUUGGCAUCAAUGGAGACUGGAUAAGAUGCUACAUUGAAGAAAUGGCCGGCAGCCAGCCGAGGGCAGAUAGGCACAGCUAUAAAUUCCAAGCUCGCAGAGAUGCGAAGAUCCAUGAAAUGAUUUUUUGUUGUUGUCAUUUUUGUACAUUUUGAUAGUCCUUAAAUAAAUAAUGUAAAUUUCCACAUUUUAGGCUUUUAUUUUUGUUUCCUAGUUUGGAUUUUAAUAAUUUUACUAAUAUAUA